UCGAAAGAUCCCGGAAGAUGGAUGAAUUUCAGGGAUUAUAACCGUAGCCCCCGCCUACUCUAAUAGGCAGACGUCAGAAGGCUGAAGUUGGUAGUUUAACAGCACCCCCCCCGCCCCACCCUCCCCGCCAGGAUUUCCUUAUAAAUUAGGGCAGCAGAGGCGGUAUUAGCAGUUUAUCUUCUAGUUACCCUCCUCUUCCCCUCUUCCUCUACUCCUGAUUCUGGAGGUAGCCGGGGACAGGAUUUGAACUUGCCUCCUGAACUCACUGCAGCGAACAGGAGAUUCCAGAUCUCUAUCCCAGGGACCAGGCAGCGGCACUACGAUGCGGGGCUGCGAGGUCUCCCUGGUCCUUUUAGUUCUGGUCCUCAGCGAAGCGCCCCGCGGGGCCGCGGCUCCAGUGCAGUCAAUUGAUCUGGGGGACCCGAUGGCCAAGAUAUACCCAAGAGGGAACCACUGGGCUGUAGGACAUUUAAUGGGAAAAAAGAGUGCCGGAGAUUUCCCUUUUGCCUAUGAAGGGAGAGACAAGAUAGCUCUUUCACCAGUGAUACCUGACAGUUCCAAGCAGCUUAGUGAAUACCUGCAGUGGGAAGAAAUGGAGAAGAAUUUUCUGCCAUUGUUAGAAGAGAAGGGUAGCAGAAGCAGUCGGCUCCUUCGGCAUGGGCUCCUGGGCUAUCCUCAGCCUGCUGGGGACUUGGAAGAUGACGACGGCACUAAAGAUAUGGUGGAAUCCUUACUUCAGGUUCUCAACAUGAAGGAAAGCAUCCUGAGCUGAACUGGAGAUGGCCCCCUUGCAAAGAAACAAUAUCCUUAAGAGACUGUGGUCUACAAGCAUUGACUGUAUCAUACGACAGUGAUGUUUCCUUUGUGUAAACAAGAUUUCUUUUGUGUGAAACAUGUCACUAUUCUUGUAUCAUUCCAUCUUGACUAAAUCCAUGUUUUUCGAGCAGCACUUUGUUUGAACUGAUUUGCUGUAAAUACUUGUUGAGGAAGGGUCUUCCAAUCUUCACAUCAUCCCAACCCAUUUAGUCAGUCUAUUUGUUCUUUAGUUUUUCGAGUCCUGUUAUGUCAGCAUUCACAAUAAAAAUGGAAACUCUUUGGAAAAGCCA